AUGCUUGGGGAAGCCCCAAAAGGCCACAGUAUUUGGCCUCCUCCACUGGGGACAGACAUCUGAAUGUGGGGGAGGAAAAAGGACCCCCAUCCCAUUGUGUGCUUUCUGAGGGCACAAAGAUUUGCUGGACAAGGAUACUGACAGGGCCUGGGGUGCUGAUCCCAAUCUGCCAUGCACUCAGGGCCUGUCUGCAGCUGCUGAGAGGCCAGGAAUUCCUUUCCCAGCAGCCCAGCUCCUGCCUGUACGUAUCAGAGAGGGCAAAAUGGCCUCAGAGGAAGACCUGGCAGAAAGAGGCACCUCUUCCCCUGCUGCCAGCACCAUCCAGGUGCCCCGGGCUGCACGUCCAGGUGCUUCAGAGAACCUAAGGUGCCCAAUCUGCAGGGCUGGCAAUAAUGACCGAGCCUCUGUGACCUGGCGUUGGCACCCUUUCUGUUUUUACUGCAUGGUGGAGUGGUUCCACAGAAGAGUGGAGAGCCUGAUACGCCAGUCAACUUUCCCACUUACAUUCCACAUGGUGGGAGACAGUAACUCUGAGGUGCACCCCAUUGAUGAGUCCAUCAGCUCUGCCAGCCAUAAUCAAGGAGAGCAAGCUGGGUCCCGCUCUACAGGAAGAUGUCAGCAUCAUGCCCCAGGACGACAGUAUCGCAAGUCUUGCAGCAGAAGAUGUAGUGGUUGCCACGGUGGCAGCCACGGUGGCAGCCGCCGUGGCAGGGCCCAAGAGAAGACCCGAAGCAGGUAUCCAAGGAGGCACCACAAUGGCCGUGCCAGGGUCCAGCAGGCCCAGGGCUACAACCACUCAAGCAGCAGGAGACGACGGCAGAGCAGGGCUCAGAACACUGCUCGUGACAAGGGCCAAAGGACCCAACGGCAUGUCCGUGCCCUCUCAAGGAGGCGUAAGCGCCGUCAGCAAGAAUACCAGGUUUCUUUCAUAGAACCGAGGGCAAUACGGAGCCAAUCCCGGCAGAGGUCGAACAGAUCUUCCAGCCAAACACUGAGGGAGUAUCUAAGGGAGAUGGAACGCGAUGAGGGACAAGCUCUAAGGCAUGAUUGGUACAUCCGUGCCUCUUCAGGGAGGAGCAGGCGCCAACAGCGGGGGCGCCAGCUUUCUUACAGAGAACUGCAGAUGACAAGGAGCCGAACCCCACAGAGGUUCUGUAGCACGCUGCCCCUGAAGGAGAGUCGAAGGAGGAUGGAAUGCUAUGACAGACAGAUUGAACAGGGUGUCCAUGCCUCCCCAAGGAGGAGUGAGCGCCUUCAGCAAGGACGCCAAGCUUCUUUCAUUGAACCACAGAUGACAAGGAGCCGAUCCCGGGGGAGGUCCCGCAGCACACAGCACCAAACACUGCGGGAGAAUCUAAGGAGGAUGGAACGUGACAUCUCAACCUCCUCGGGGUGCCGUGAGCGCCAUCGGCGGAGACGCCAGGUCGGUUUCACUAAACCAUAGGUGACAAAGAACUGAUCCCCAUGGAGGUCUUGCAGCCAUGCUGGGCAUAACCCUGGUAGCACACCCCACCAACAAGGGAACUACUGUAUGCCCUGUUACCAGUGUCAGGAAUGAUUUUAGACAAAAAUUAUUUUAGACAAAAACAGCUCCUACUAACAAUUGCAAAAAUAAAGUCAAAUCCAAUGCUCAA